AUGAAAGACUUGCAGCGUACUUCCGAAUCUGUGUGCAUGGGACUAUGUCGUAUAGUAGGAACUUCCCAACAAGUUGCCAUGAGAAGGGAUGUGAUUGACAUCAGUGAUGCGAUAGAGCUACAGAAAGCUGGGACUAUAGUAGGCUGUAAAAUGAAAAACGGAAGCUAUAAAGAAGGGUUUAGACUUAGAGAAUCUGACCUUGACACUAUGUUCUGGUUGCCUAACAACCGAGUUAUCUGGGACAUAUCUCAGACUCGAUUUUACGAUAUAGAGAGGUAUACAUUGCUCCUUUGUGACGCCUCCAAAAGUCCACCCGGAUACACUUUACUUUGGUUACCAAAUGAAAGAGCCAGUGAUAAAGUCAAGAGAGCCACUGUAAGAGACAAUGGUAGAUUAGUUGUAUAUAGUUCUAAAUAUAGAGAAACCAUGUUGUCAUCGGUACAUCCGAAUUCUAUAAUGCACGGGCCAUGUGCUACUGGAAUGUUAGGUGGUAAUAUCUUGGAAUAUGAUGACGCCCACUGCUUUGUCAGUGACUUCUGGCCACCCUCUGCCUCCUCAUGGAAAUACAGGAGUAAAAAAUCAUCUUGGCCCAAGUCUCGUGUUGUUGAUGACAUCAUCGGAAAGGGGUGUCACGUUGUUGCAAUAGGUCCAAAACUAGAAAACUAUGAGGGCAUUGAAUGGAGAAUUUCCUUUUCUCUGGCAGAACAAAUCCUAAUGCGCUUACUGAACCACUAUCAGUUCUUGGUGUACGGUCUUCUAAAAUUCAUUUUAAAAGAAGUGAUAAAUAAUGGAUUGAGUGAAGAUGAAAAAUUACUGAGCUCCUACCACAUGAAAACAGCAGUUUUCUGGGCAGUGCAGCAAAACACAACACUUGAAUGGGGGCCACAGAAUUUCCUGCAUUGCUUCUGGAUCAGUUUUAAAGUCAUCCUCAAAUGGGUGUAUGACGGGUUCUGUCCUAACUUUUUCAUUCCAGAAAACAAUAUAUUUCUCUCUAAAAUCUAUGGAGCGGCACAACAGAAACUCUUCAGUAGAUUGUACGGAUUGUACGAGAGGGGUUUGGUGGAGUGCUUGCUACAGAGUUCUUCCAUCAGUCCCUUUAUUAAAGAUGUACAACGUAAUCCGAGACGCGUCAUUUCUACAGAUGAACACAUUCUCGUUCCAGAGUCUAAAUUUGAUAUAGAACUAUUUCGUGAGAUAAUUCGGGAUAGUUAUGCACAAUCUACAUCAGAUCUUCGUCUCUGUCUCAGGGCAUUGCGCAUAGUAGAAAACCUACUAUUAGAUUCAUACCCAUCCCAGUAUCAGGUUGCCAUGUUACAAAAGAUCACGACCACAAUCCUUCAGAACACUGCUUUUAUAUUACACAAUCUGCAAACUGACCGACAUGUAGCACACAAAAAGGUGUAUGUUCCAGAGAGAAGCAUCUGCCUCAUGUUGAAAUUAGCAGCCAAGUUUGGGUUUGUUUCUGACAUGCUGCACCUUGCCAUGUAUUAUUACAAGACAUUCAGAUACAAGGAAGCUUUGUUUGUAAUUGAGGUCAUACAUUCUAGAAAAUAUAUGAACGGAGAGGCUUUGGUUGGAAAAUCCUAUUCAAAAAAGAUGACACGGACUGUAAUUGGAAUAGUCCCACUUGAAAAUGAAAUUUGUUAUUUGAACGAGUUAACACCAGAACAACGGUCUAGUUCAGAGAACGGAAAGUCCUUAUUGCAUAUACCGCCCUUUGUCCUGUUACACUUGCUGGAAGUUUUGUGUUACAGAUUGGUGGAACCGGCGAAAGUACAAGCAGCGAUCGAUAAUCUCCAGGUAUUGGUUACGAACGACCAAGGGGUGUUUGUUCCUAAACAUGUCAGAGACAUUUCGUGGGAGAUCCUAGGAAUCUGUCAACAGACCACAGGGGACCACAAGGCUGUCCUACGCUCUUUCCAACAGUCACUCGAAGAAAAACCAUUCAACAAAAUACAAACUGCAACAAAAACUAGAAUGCGAAAAACCAAGUAUUUAGAAAUAUAUAGACGUUGA